GCGGCCACCCAGCUGCCAUGUACGAGUCCGUCGAUGUCGCCAAAACCCAUGAAAUCCUGGCCCGAUUCCGGCCCAUCGCCCCCAAACCCCAGCUUGCCCCUGGCCAGUUCCCUGCUGCUUCCACCCACACCCCCGCGUUCCAACUCCGCUCCCGCCGCUGCCGCUUCCGCAAGCGCGACCGCCCCCACCUCCCCGCCAAGCGCCAAAAAACCCCCACCUUUUUCCCUUUUCUCACUGCUUCGCCGCCGACAACCAAAACGCAGCCGCUCGUGGAACGCGACCUACUUCAGAAGCUUCAAGAACCCAAAAUCAUCGCUCCCCGACCCGUCCGGCCCGUUGGCUCCAGCAUCAGCGUGGGUACCAUAAACGAGCUAGCCGGAUUCUCCUCGCCUCAGCCCGCGGCUCCUUUGAGCCCCGAGGAAGUGGAAGAGGAGGUGGAGUCCGAGACACUUCCAGCUGUAGUAUCCGACUAUAAAAACAGAGUGCGGCUGGCGAACUCGGCGUACAAGGAGUUGGUCGGCCAGCCGGAGUGCAUGUGGUUGGACUCCAUGGUUUAUGGCUCCGAAUGCAAGGGGUUCGGUCUUCGACCGCUUUCAAGGAGGAUUAAUGGAGAGGUAAUGCUCGAAUUCCCAGGCGAUUCGGCGAGGCCUCCGCCAUCGUUGAAUGGGUUUUCAUGCAGGGUGAAGAUAGAGUGGGCAUGCAAUGGCCGGAAGGCUUUUGUUGACGCGCCUUGCGAUGUGAUUCGAGUUUACUGCGAAUCUAAGGAAUAUCUUUUCACUUGGAAAUUUCAUAUAGGUGAAGCUUAUAGAACUGGUUACGUAUCUUAGAUAAUCUGCGACGAUAGAUCUAUCUCUCUGUUCUGUUUCUUACCUUGGUUUACUUUGCUUUGUUUUUUUUUAUUAAAUAUGAAGAUGUACAUGAUCGGAUCAAGCUGAUGUGAUCAUAUUAGAACAUAUGUAAGCGAGAGCAGCUGUAGAUAUGUAUAAUUAGUAUAGAUAUGGUAAGUUUAUAUCUAUAUUGUAUAAUUAU